GUAACCGGCUGUACGUCCACCCCGACUCGCCCAACACCGGGGCCCACUGGAUGCGCCAGGAGGUCUCGUUCGGCAAACUCAAGCUCACCAAUAACAAAGGGGCGUCCAACAACGUCACGCAGAUGAUUGUGCUGCAGUCGCUGCACAAGUACCAGCCCCGGCUGCACGUGACGGAGGUGAAGGAUGGGGAGAGCGACGAGGCCUACCCCUCCGGCAACACCCAGACCUUCAUCUUCCCAGAGACGCAGUUCAUCGCCGUCACGGCCUACCAGAACGCCGACGCGAAGCUACAAAACACCACCAGGAGAAUCCCCACCAGCUGCGAGCAGUACGGUGCUCAUGACACACGCGGCGGGCAGUUCAGAUUCCGCCCAGGCGUCAGCCAGCUUAAUACCUGCUCGCUGAUGAAGCGGAAGCCUUUGUCGGGCCGAACGCACUCGUACGUCUCGCCGAGGACAGGGUUAAAGGGUUUGCUGCCCGCUCGGUAA